UUAUUUCAUGGCUAGCGCGUUUACGUUCCCCGUGUACGUGCUGCCCUGUUGUUACACGGUGCUAUUUCCGCGUAGGACACAACCUCAGGAACAGAAGUAUUUGGAAGGUACUGGGUCAAUAAAAAAUAAAAAAAAAAAAGUAAAUUGUUGGCCAUUACGAUUGAGCUAAUUAGAUUUAUUUAGUGUUCAUUUUUUAAUAAAUGUAAACAUUAACAACCACAACAAUGAACGGGAGUUCCAACCCGUUGCUGGAUAAAGAGGAACAUGUUUUGAAGCUGGGAGAGAGCUUUGAAAAGCGACCAAAAUCGUCUUUUCACACCAUCCGAUAUGAUUUUAAACCAGCAUCUAUUGACACUUCAUGUGAAGGGGAGCUUCAAGUGGGCAAAGGGGAUGAAGUGACAAUCACGCUACCCCACAUUCCGGGCUCUACACCACCUAUGACUGUGUUCAAAGGUAACAAAAGACCCUAUCAAAAAGACUGUGUGCUUAUCAUUAACCACGACACUGGAGAGUUUGUGCUGGAGAAACUCGGCAGCAGUAUACAAGUAAAGAAAACCAGAGCUGAAGGCAGCAGUAAAAUUCAGGCCCGGAUAGAACAGCAGUCAGUCCGGGCAACCCAACCUCCAUUACAGUUCAGAGCCCCAACCAAGCCUGGUGCGGGAGCGAAAACAUCCCCCUCCAAGGACAACCCAUCACCGGAACCUCACUUAGAUGACAUUAAGAGAGAGCUGCGUGCUGAGGUGGAGGUCAUUGAACAGAUGAGCAGCAGCAGCGGCAGCAGCAGUUCCUCAGACUCGGGGAGCUCCUCGGGCAGCGAGGACGACAGCUCCAGCAGUGAAGAGGAAGAGGAAGCCCAUCCCUCCCCAACACAACACCAGCAGUACAGCAGCAGAAACCCUGCAUCCAACGGCACCAGCCAACCACAGGGCAGCAACCAGAUCAUGAGCACUCUGAGAAAUGACUUACAGCUGAGUGAAUCUGGAAGCGACAGUGAUGACUGAUUCUGGGAUCCCUUCAGUGGUGUUGAUUUUGUAUGUUUACAAAGAUGUAGAACUUAUGAAAAUUGCAUUUUAUCAACAGUUUUUAUUGUAUUUUAAGAUUGCAAAAGCAAAUGCUGCCCUUCAAGAUGUUUUAUCACAAAGAUCGAAUACUUCACACAUAUGAGCAAAAUUUACAUUUUAUCCAGGAUACAAGAUGUUAUAUUGAGUACCACAUAUGCAUUAUGUAUCGUAUCAGCCUUUAUUAUAUACUGUAAGGAAAGUAUACCAGUUAAGAAGGUAACAAAUAUUCUUAGGGGCCUGGCACUGAUUUUAAAUCGCAGUUAUCACGACUGUCGUUUUCAUUGUACCCUUCCUGGGAAUGUUGCAAAUGGGUCUCAUUUAUAAAAUUGUUAAAACAUUGAAGAGAAACCUUUAGGGACUCUGACCUUUUUGCACUUAUAUCAGAAUCAGUAUACAGUAUAGACAUCAUAAAUAAAACUAUAUAUUUAGGCCUCUCAAGAAGUCCAGUUAGAUACAGCAUCUAUUAAAUCUGAUUGCAUAAAGCACUUCUAUUUGAAAUGAAUGCAGUUCAUCACAGCAGGGAAGUGCUUCAAUGAGGGCCACUCUGGUAAUGCUGGGCAACACAAUGUGUAGAGUACCACCUGUACUUUAAUAACUAUCAACAGCAUGGACUUCAUAGGAUGCCUGUUUUCAGAACCUGUAUUAAUAUAAAGAGUGGCAAAAACAGGAAUACAUUCCACUGCAGUUCCCUCUUCCACUGACCCGCUCUUGUUCCGUAGCUGUGUUGAUUUUGGAGUGAUCACACAGCACCCCCCCACUAGGAAGUAGACCAUCCAGUGACUGGGAUUUUAAUACCACAAAUUAAAGUGUUACCUAUAUGUAUGUUGUGAUUGACAGCUUUUAAUCUUGAAUUUGCAUAGUUCUCAAUAAUCAAAUGCGUACAUCGUUUAAGAAGUCAAAUGACCCCUUACAUUUUUAUUGUAUCAUAUCUUUAGUGAUAUCCCUUAUUUUAUAAGCUAUUAGCAGUUUUGUUAUUUAGUUUAACCUUUUGAAAAUAUUAUAUUACUGUACAUUGUGUUUUAUGAAUUGUAUCUGCAUUAAAACUUGCAAAUCCA